AAUAAAAACACAGUGAAGAGAUACCAAAAACCAUAACUAACCUUCUUCAUUCUUCAUUCAACACUUCAAAUUCCAAUUUCAACUUUCUUUCAUUUUCUUUCAUCAAGAUUAGAUUUUUCUUUGACCCUUUUGCUUGCUUACUUUAUCCAAAACAAUUCACUUUUUCACAAAUUUCAUCUUCCAAGUCAAUUUCAUGAACUUGUGUUUUAGAUCCUAGAUCUUUGUUGUCGGUGGUUGAUCGGAGUAGAUGUCGCCGUCAAAUGGGUUGUGUAACGGCGGUGGAAGCGGUGGUGGUGUUAAUGGAAAUGGGCUGAGUUAUAUUGAACAUCAUGUUUCAAAAUUUGAUACUCUUGCUGGUGUUGCUAUUAAGUAUGGUGUUGAGGUAGCUGAUGUUAAAAGGAUGAAUGGUUUGGCCUCAGAUCUUCAAAUGUUUGCACUGAAGACUUUGAGAAUUCCACUACCAGGACGACAUCCACCAUCUCCGGUUCCUGAUGAACCUGCCAAGUUGAGAGAAAAUAGCAGCGAAAGAAGACCUCCCCGCAAUGGUCAAUCUGCGAUGAAGGAACCUCUCCAGUCCUUAAGACUGAAACCACCUAAACAGAAGAUUUCUCCAGCCAUGACCAUUUUACAGAAAUACUAUGGACUUGAUUCGUCAAAUUCUAGAGAUACAUCUGGAGAAACAGAAUUGGCGAUGUAUACAUCUUCUACUUCAGAUCAUUCCAGAGAUGACUGGCUUCCAAAACCCUCACCGAUUCCAAAUCAUCAUUCCAAGUCAACAAAUUUACCAUUUGAUCUACUGACCGGGAACGAUGAAGUAUCAGACUAUAUGUGUUUUACGGAUAUCAGCGACGGGGGAGGUGAUAGGUCUGACGAGAAAUCCGUCCGCAGACGUCAAAAAGCUGAUGUUGAUAAUGGAGGUACUACACCAGAAAGGCUUUUCAAAGAAGGCAAUAAUAGUAAUGGAUCAAACGGUUCUUCCUCCAAUGGAAAAACAUUUUCCAUGAGGCCAAAAUCAGCAAGUCGAGCCUCUCUGUUUCCCGAGUCAUCAGAUUCAGGAUGGUUAGAUUCUAUUUCAGUAGGGUUAGGAGAUUCAAUAUUUGUCGAUGGACUUUCUGGAGUGCGCAAAUCAUCGAGUGCAUCAAGCCUCAGAGAGCAGGAAAAGUAUAAUUCAGCAGCAACAGCAUGGCCAACCAUUUCCAAACCUAUCUUUGAUGGCUUACCUAUCCCAAUAACCGGACGCAGAAGUAAAACUGCCCUUGAUUAAUGUAAAACUAGUUCUGUUUGGAGUAAAUUAUUUUUUGACAUUUCAUAAACACAAAUUGCAACAACUUGCAACUCUUCUCGGUUUAACCGGAGAAAAAAGGUAUAAAAAAAACAAACAAAUUACACGCGUAGGAUAUUUAUUUCAGGCCUAGGAUUAAAGCGGUUGAUGAUCUCACAAAGAGAAAGGAUGCAGCAGUAGCAACUGAGGAAAAGAUGCAUGAAAAAGGUCUGCAACUGUUUCUCUAAUGUUACAAUAAUUUAUGGUAACCACAUUUGGAAUAUAAGAGUUAUUUACAGAUUGAUAGUCUCUUUUGUUAAAAGAUUGAAUCAAGUGAAAGUCAUUCUGUUAAGUGGUUAAUUGUAUCAUGUUGUCAUUAUUCAAUAUAUUAUGUAAGUAUUUAUGAUUUAUGAUUUUUUUCCCCCACCUUCAGACUAUAUAUACUGUAAUACCAUUUAAAUUUGUAAACAUGUUACAUUGGGAUUCUUCUAGCUUUAUGUCUCUUAUAGUACUCAAUUAAAUUGGUUCUUAUACACCCUUAUUGAUUCAUGAGGGUGCACC